UCAUGAUGCGCCAUCACCCAAACGCGUCAUGGCGGACGGAGACGCGACAAAGUCGGCGGAACGGACAUUAACGGCGACGGAGAAGCAGCUCUUUCGCCGCCGACAAGAGUUGGACUACUGGAAGAAAAACGGAGUGCGGAUCCGCAGCAGGAAUCUUUUGACCGGCUUGUGUUUUGGCGCGUUUGUCGUCGGCUUGUUUAGUUACACCAUCCUGUCCGUAAAACAGGAGAAAAUCCUGGACGAAAUAGACAAUGAAGCCAGGAGCCAAAUCAUCAGAGGGCCGCGGACUGGUGCCAACUCUUGAUUGUGAACUCACUUCCUCGCAAGGGAAUCUUGUCUUUCGUUAUGCGGGACAUCUGUCAUGACAUGGUGACGCCAUUGAUGCUGUUUUAAUGGCUUCCAAGCUCCUAAAUCUUCACAUGUCCGUCACGUGGUUCAGAUUCCAUUCAAAACAUCCGUUAUUGAACAUGUCACAAACCACGCAGUGCGGUGCUAUUACUGAUUCUAUAUUUUCAUCUCACGAAAUGGAGAAAGUGAUAAACAGUUCAUGAUCAGUGAAAUAGAUGAAGACACCAGAUGGGAUCAACUAACAUUUACUUUGUGAGUUGGUGACAUUUUUAUUGCCGUGUCUGCCAUCACCUGUUACGUUACUUUCCUUCAUGUCAUCAUCAAAUUGACUUUGUAUGAAAUUAUCCACAAAAAGAUUGCUUGCGGUGCAGUGAAUACUGUAUAUGUUGAUUCCAUUUUUAUUUAUCCAGGCAUGGCAACUGAGAAAAGAUGUGAUGCCGACCGAAUAAAACAAAGCGAAAGAAAACA